GGGCACUGUUCAUGCCACCAUUUAUCGUGAUUAUUCCGACAAUGAUGUUUUUAUUCUGACGAGUUUAAAAUUCUGUCAUGUCACUUCUUUCGUAGUAUUACACCGACGUUAACGAUCAGCCACUAAUUUUCGGUGUGCCACCAGCUUACAAACAUAUGUCGGAAUGUUUCGUGCACACAAACCCCGGCAAAUCCCUGCGGGCGUUCCACCAGCAUCUUAACCUCACACGUACGCGCUACCCACUGCCAAAAAUAUGAGAUUGAUUGAACGAGUUUUACUUGCCAAAGAGCUUGUAGUUGCAAUACUAGACGGCUUAAACCUCCGAGACUUGCUCAAUGUUGCGCAGACGUGCACAACCAUGCGUGGGGUAGUUCUCUACCUCAUAGAAAAAUACAAUCACCAGAUCCUGACUCCGUACAUCCUUUCUGAGUGUCGUCGCCAUCAAUUCUUCGCCGUUUUAACCGCCACACGCGGUGUGAUUACUGGAUCUUGCGCUCUCAACAUGAUUCUGGGUUCACCUUCAUAUCCCACCAACAAUCUCAAUAUCAUUGUUCCAGCGGGAGAAUUCGACACUAUGGCACGAUUUCUAACCGAUGACCUUUUUUUUUGUCACCGGUUCUACCACCACAGAAUUAUGCGAUCUACAGUCCAAACUUUUACAGAAUUCAACCACCUCGGAGCCCGCAUCACUCUCACUGAAUCUAGGGACAAACAAGAUGUUAUGAGGGUCAUCAUCAACUGUCCAACCACCGCUGAUAUGUCAUUAAUCACGCCCGGAGGAGCUGCAACUCUUUAUCCCACUAUGACAAUCGCUAACAACAGAAGUUUCAAUAUCAUCUAUAGUGAAAGUAUCCAGGUAGAAUAUUGAAGAACAAAAUUUAAAAAGCAGAUGCGCAACAAGUUGCACCAUCACUGUCAAUGUUAUAUCAAAUCGCUUCUCAGCGCCACGAUCUCCAAUUCUAGCCACAGGUGGCAUGUAUGUCGACCCCCACAUUCCCGACACUGA